AUGGAGUCAUCAGAUUUCAUUCCGGGCGCCUCAGAGAUCGGUUCCCUGACGGCGCAUUCCAACGAAGAGAGUCAGUUUGUCGGCAGUUCCAGCGGCGUCUUUUUUAUCAACACUGUUCGCCAGGCUUUUUCCAAGAAUCUCACUCCAUCAUCGAAUGGGCCAUCGUCCUCUGCUCAGGACUUCCCCCACCCAGAAGACACCAUCGUGGGCAGCGAAGACUCUCCGCGGGGGGGCAAGCAGCAUCAUGCGCCUUCCACCAGAGCAUCGCCCUCGAUGACCGGGGACUCGGAAUCCCUUGGUCGGUGGGGGUAUGAUCCAGAUGUUGCAGCUGCUUUGGGAUAUGCUCCACCCGUUGAGAUGGCCAAAGAGUUCAUGAUGGUGUAUUUCAAGAUCUGGCAUCCUCUGUUUCCCUUUCUACACGGCCCAACGUUCCUCCAGGCAAUGGAGUUGCUUUACUCUAGCGAACCGCAGAAUAAGAACAAACCGGAAUCGUCGUCGAAUCAUCGCAAUGCGUGCUGGACGACAAUAUUCCAGUGCGUGUUCAAUCUUGCUAGUCUGCUUCGUCCCGACAUCCAAUUGCCGGUAGAAUCUCGGAUUGAAUCACCCAGCAGCAUGCAUUCCUUGCUGGCGACGCUGUCUUUCAAGCAUGAUAUUCCCUCACUCCAAGCUCUUCUAGCGGCUCAGCUGUAUCAGGUUGCGAAAAUGUCGCUUCGAACCGCAUCGACGUUUGGCGGCUGCACGCUCCGAUCUAUGCUUCAUGGCGGUUUUCAUCGCUGUCCAUUUCGCUAUAAAGAGCUUUCUUCGCACGAUCGACAACUGAGAAAGAGGGUUUUCUGGUGCGCCUAUGCCAUUGACCGGUAUCUGAGCCAGGCAUUGGGGUUGCCCCUCGGUAUCCAGGAUUCGGAUAUCGACGUCUGUACUCCUGGAGCCUGUGAAGUUCACACCCAGCAAGCGUACAGUGCUCAAGUUCUCAAAACCGGAUCAUACGCAUUUUCUCAAUCUAGGGAGCCUUCUACUGGAGAAACUCCCGUGAGAGAUGACGGAAUGACCCCGCCAACAGAGACCCAACAAAAGCGACAUGAUAACGUCGCUCAGGGGACAGAAGAGCAACGCAAAAGGGAAGCUACCCUUGCAAGCUAUGUUGAAUCCGGGAAGCUCACAGGCCGGGCUCUGGAGCUAUUCCAUAAAUCUAUCAUGGUCCGGUCUAUCCGCCGAAGCUCUGUUCUCUUCCUCGUCACCGACGUCCACAAGUGGUGGAAUGGUCUACCACCGGAGCUACAAGGCAGUCCUAACAAGCUGGAGGGAAAUGCAACGGCUGCUAUUAUAAAUAAGCCAUUCGAAUUUGGGCCAUUCUUCACCAUUCUCUACCAACACAUGAUCCUCCUCAUCAACCGGCCUUCGCUGUCUUUGAAUCCAUCUUCUGCUGAAUUCUGCUCAGGGUUGCAAACCUGCAUUGGUGCCGCUCGGGGCAUUCUCACUGCAUUGGGAGCCCAAGUUGACGGAGGCCAAGCAUUAUUCUGGCCAGGGUUCUUAUCUGCAGCAUGGAUGUCAGGGCUUGUUCUUGCUUUUGCCUGCCAACUCAAGCAAUAUGUCUUGUCCAAAGGGUCUCAGGAAUUAAACGAAUGUCUGAGGUUUUUGCAUAUAAUGUCCGCUCAAUGGGAACCAGCCAGACAUUGCCAUAAAGCACUCACAUUAUUAUCAUCGAAUAUCCGUCAACCCACCAACGACACCACCACAGAAACCCCCCAAUCACCCUCUACACAGAACCACAACGCAGCUCGGCCCAGAAAACGAAAACUCAACGCAAACGAACCAUUAAACCCCCACGACCCCUUCGCAGUAAUACCAGACACCCAUAUUCCACCCAACACCAACAAUCACGAAGUUCCCCUCGACACUACAAUCCUCCCCACCCCAACAAACCUGGAACCUAUCAUCUCCACGUACGCAAAUACACAACAGACCUCCCCUUCCAACUCGCAGGACCUGGAAAACCGUCUGUUUCUCGACGGUGGGUUUUCCGGGUCUACCAUGACUCCGGCAAACCUGGAUCUUAACAUGGUUGAUUUGCUUCAGGGAGCGAACUUUGAUACCCUUUUUGAUAUGUUUGGGCAGCAGUAUCCGAGUUUUUAG